GUACUUGGUUGGGCUCAAGCAAUUCCUAAAUUUGCUGUUGGUCUUGUGAGCUAUGUGCAAAGUUUUCUUGAGAGGGCAUAUGAAAGAUGCCGAACUUCAUACAUGGAGGCAGUUCUUGAAAAGCAAAGUUAUAUGCUUAUUGGAAGAUAUGACAUCAAAAAUCUGAUGCGACUUG